CUUGUUCGUGUCCGCUCGCAGCCUCCACUCUCUGCAGUUGCAGGCUGCACCACACUUGGUAGCUGUUGGUCACAGGUUGUGGAUGAGGACAGAGGUCCGCGCGAAACACAAUCUGUCUAGAAAAAAAAAACAAAAUCAAUAAACUUCACUUUGAAGUUAAGUUGAUGUUUCAUUUGGGAACUCUUCCCUCAACAUGAGGGUCCGUACUUGACUUUGGAUAUUGAACACAGGGUGCCUGUUGCUAAAAGUUCAAUAUCCACUCUACAGAGUUUCGGCGAGCAGAACUGGGCGCAAUUACGCACAGCGAGUACCAUGGCACCGAUUUUGGAUAGACGUGCUCCCGCUUUGCUCUUGGUUUGGAGCUACUGCGUCCUGGCGGAUACCGCUUUUACGAACUUUACUUUGGACAACGAGUUCCACUCCAGUUUCAUCCACCGUCGGCUGAAGAGCCAGGAGCGCAGAGAGAUGCAGCGGGAGAUCCUGUCGAUCCUGGGGUUGCCGCACCGGCCGCGACCCCACCUCCACGGAAAGCACAACGCUGCCCCGAUGUUUAUGUUGGACUUGUACAACGCCAUGUCCACAGAGGGGGACGAGGACAGAUACUCCUACCCAUACAAGCCCGUCUUCACCACCCAGGGCCCCCCCAUAGCCAGCCUGCAGGACAACAACUUCUUGAACGAUGCAGACAUGGUCAUGAGCUUUGUCAAUUUAGUAGAGCAUGAUAAGGAAUUCUUACCAGUGCGGCGGCAUCACAGAGAGUUCAGAUUCGAUCUGUCACGGAUUCCAGAGGGCGAGGCUGUCACAGCGGCCGAGUUUCGGAUAUAUAAAGACUUCAUCCACGAACGUUACGAUAACGAGACCUUCCGCAUCAGUGUUUACCAAGUGCUGGAGGAACACUCUGAUAGGGAGUCAGACCUGUAUCUGCUGGACUCACGGGUGAUCUGGGCAGCCGAGGAGGGCUGGUUGGUGUUUGAUGUGACAGCCACCAGUAACCACUGGGUCCUGAACCCUGGCAGGAACCUGGGUCUACAGCUGGCCCUGGAGAGCACAAAUGGAGAGAGUAUCAAUCCUCGUGUGGCAGGGCUUAUUGGUCGCAGUGGGCCUCAGAAUAAACAGCCCUUCAUGGUGGCCUUCUUCAAAGCCACAGAGGUGCACCUGCGAAGCAUCCGCUCAGCACCUGGGGGAGCCAAACAGCGUAACCCCAACCGCUCCAAAGGGGCAAAGAGCCAAGAGGCGCUCAGAGUAGCCAACGUUGCAGAAAACAGCAGUACUGAUCAGAAGCAGGCGUGUAAGAAGCAUGAGCUCUACGUCAGUUUCAGAGACUUGGGGUGGCAGGAUUGGAUCAUUGCUCCAGAAGGAUACGCAGCGUACUAUUGCGAGGGAGAAUGUGCCUUCCCGCUGAACUCCUACAUGAAUGCCACAAACCAUGCCAUUGUGCAAACCCUUGUUCAUUUUAUUCACCCGGAGAUGGUCCCAAAGCCAUGUUGUGCCCCCACACAGCUCCACGCCAUCUCAGUGCUCUACUUUGAUGACAGCUCCAACGUCAUCCUCAAGAAAUACCGCAACAUGGUGGUCAGAGCCUGUGGCUGCCACUAGACUGUCAGCAUCUUCACACAGAGACACACACACACACACACACACACACACACACACAUACACGAGUAGAGAGGGCUUUUCCCUUGCCUUGAAAUGACACGCACACAUAUUUUAUAAACGUGUUGAGAGUUCAAGUGUGGAGUGUUAAAGAGACUCUUGUUACGUUUCCAAGGCGGCCCUAAAGCAAACACAAUGUCGAGUGGCCGAUCUAUCAAGUUUACACUCAACACGCACACACACAUACACACACACACUCACGUUUGUGCUUUCUACUGUGUAUACAAGACAUUAAAAGCAGUGAUUGUACUGUAUAUUCAUUCACAGUCAACAAUCUUUUGUUUAUUUCAAUAAUUGUUAUUGUAGUUCAUUCUUUUUACUGUAGAUUUUAUUAUAUAUAUAUUUUUAUGACUGAGAAACCCGGAUGGAUGUUCUGAAUUUCUUCCAUGUACAAUACUGUGUAAAUAUUUUUUUUUUUUCAAACAAAGCAAGAAGUGUAUUUAUUUCCUGGAAUGUCACUUGGGUUUGUGUUUUCUCCUGUAUGUAAUGCUGCCUGUUUUCUUUCACACGAUAGUACACACAAACUCUGAGGGAAUGAAAACAAAGUUGAGAAAACUACUUUGACAGGAGCGUUGAGUACAAGCUCAGUGCCUCAUGUGUUAUGUCAUUUUGGGAGGCAAUUUAUGACAACUUGGACUUGUGGAAAUGUCCACACAUUUCAUCAGUCGAAGCUGUUACACGUGACGUACAUGUUUUGGGCUACAAUCAGCUGAACUGUCAGAGAGAGAGAGAGAGAGAGAGAGAGAGAGAGCUUUGUACGAAGCAUCUUGUUCUGUGUGCUAGACAUUUUCAGGUUUAUAUUCCUCUGCUGUAAUACAAUCUGUCAUAUUUAAAAGGUCUAUUUAUUGAGAGGUGGCUAAGAUGUUCUACAGUGUGCUCCGAUGUCUCAACCAUGUUUUACUGCUGAACUGGUACAACAAUAAACUGGGAGGAAAGCAACAAA